AUGACAGAGAGGAUGGUCGCUCCACAGGACACAUCAGGAUUAACAUCUGCUGGAGCACACAUGGAGCUUUCCAGUGACAAACUUUUCCGCUGCAGGUGGGUACGAAACAAGGUUCCCGUGGCCCACAGAGAAGAGCUGUACCACAUCCUGAGGAUGACCGGACCUCUGCUGCUCUCCCGUAUCCUCCAUUACUUGCUUCCAUUUGUCGUGACAAUGUUCUGUGGGCGCCUGGGAAAUGAAGUGAUGGCUGGUUAUGGAUUAGCUUCUGCGGCCCUAAAUAUCACCAUAGCAGCAACAGGAACUGGUCUUGGACUGGCAUGUGAUACUUUGGUCUCUCAGACGUUUGGCGGUAAGAAUCUGCUACGGGUGGGAGUGAUCCUCCAGCGUGGCAUCAUCAUCCUGCUGCUGUUCUGCCUGCCCUGCUGGGGGCUCCUCAUUAAUGCUGAGGUCAUCCUGUUGUGUCUUGGCCAGGACCCCGAGGUAGCCAGAAUAGCCCAGUUGUACAUCAUAGCCUUCAUUCCAGCAGUGCCAGCAAUGUUUCUGCAUCAUCUUCAGGUGUCUUAUCUGCAGAACCAGGGAAUAAUACUGCCACAGAUGUACGCCGCUGCUUUGGCAAACAUAGCAAACGUGGUGACAAACUACAUCUUUCUUUACUGGCUGGAUCUGGGUGUUGCAGGAUCUGCGGCGGCCAACAGUCUGUCUCAGAUUUACAUCUGUGCUUUUCUCUUUGCCUACAUUCGGUGGAAGAAGCUCCACGUUACAACGUGGGGAGGCUGGUCAAUUGAAUCACUGCAGGAGUGGGGCUCUUAUAUGAAACUGGCUGUCCCCAGCACUUUAAUGACUUGUUUUGAGUGGUGGGUUUAUGAGUUUGGGGGAUUCUUUGCAGGAAUGUUGAGCGAGGAUGAGCUGGCAGCCCAACAUGCCGUGAUAAUGGUGGCUUUCAUAACAUAUAUGUUCCCCCUUGGUAUUCAAGCUGCAGCGUGUGCUCGGGUGGGCAAUGCCCUGGGAGCAGGAGAAACAGCCAGGGCCAUCCUCAUCAGCAAAAUGUCUCUGACCCUGGCAGGAAGCUUUGCAGUGGUUGAAGGGAUUGUGCUUGGCUCCACGAAAACAGUUAUUGGCUUCAUCUUCACCUCUGAUGAGAAGAUUAUUGGUCUGAUCUCACACCUUAUGACUGCUUACUGUUUCCUUCAGUUCUUUGAUGGUCUUGUGUGUGUGUGCACGGGCAUCUUCCUGGGCACAGGGAAACAGAAGAUUCCAGCUGUGGCUAAUUUCAUUGGAUACUACUGCAUAGGACUUUCACUCAGUGUUACUUUUAUGUUUGUCGUGAAACUUCGAGUUUUGGGAUUUUGGGUGGGACUACUGGUUUGUGUCGUUCUACAGUCUAGCUUCUACAUCAUUGUCAUCUUCAGGCUUAACUGGGAGAAAAUGACAGAGGAGGCAGUGAAACGGGCAAAGAAAAAGACUAACAUGGGACUACCAGGUACAGACACCAUGUCAGACAGUUUCGGUAACUACACCACAGGCCAGGUAUCAAGGAAUGGGAUUUCAGUGGAGGGCUACAUGGCUGUUUGCAGCGAACCCUGUGACAAAAACACAGAGAUGCAGGGUGGAAAGGUUGGACAUCUGUCCACAGCCCAGCUGAUCCUCAGACGAGGCCUCGUCAUGUUGGCAGCAGUCGCUCUGCUGGCCGUGGGAACCGCCGUGCAUCUCCUGGUUCCCUCACCUCAGCCCCGGUCUGCGAGCAAUUUUACCACUGACUGGAUCAACACCACAUUCUCUCCCGAUCAGGGGUCCGGUGAAAAGAUGGUUUGCUGCGGGAGGGUGCGCCAUUGGGUUCCCGAGACCCACAAAGAGGAACUGUACCACAUCCUGAGAAUGACAGGCCCUCUGCUGCUCUCCCGAAUCCUCAAUUAUCUGCUUCCGUUUGUUGUGACAAUGUUCUGUGGGCGCCUGGGAAAUGAAGUGAUGGCUGGCUAUGGAUUAGCAUCUGCGACCAUCAAUGUUACCACUGCAGCUACAGGAUAUGGUCUGGGAUUAGCAUGUGAUACUUUGGUGUCUCAGACGUUUGGUGGGAAGAACCUGCUACGAGUGGGAGUCAUCUUUCAGAGGAGUAUCAUCAUCCUCUUGCUCUUCUGCCUGCCUUGCUGGGGGCUCCUCAUCAAUGCCCAACCAAUUCUGUUAUGUAUGGGGCAGGACCCUGUGGUGGCGAGAAUAGCCCAGCUGUAUAUUACAGCCUUCCUCCCAGCAGUGCCUGGAAUUAUACUGCCACAAAUGUACGCUGCUGCUUUGGCAAACAUAGCAAAUGUGGUGACAAACUACACUUUCCUUUUCUGGCUCGAUCUGGGUGUUAGUGGAUCAGCAGCAGCCAACAGUCUGUCUCAGAUUUACAUCUGUGCUUUUCUGUUUGCUUACAUUUGGUGGAAGAAGCUCCAUGUUACAACAUGGGGAGGCUGGUCUGCAGAAUCACUGCAGGAGUGGGGCUCUUACAUGAAACUUGCCAUCCCUAGCACGUUAAUGAAAUGCUUUGAGUGGUGGGUUUAUGAAUUUGGGGGAUUCUUUGCAGGGAUGUUGAGCGAGGAUGAGCUGGCAGCCCAACAUGCCGUGAUAAUGGUGGCUUUCAUCACCUACAUGUUUCCUCUCGGUAUACAAGCUGCUGUUUGCGCCCGAGUGGGGAACGCUCUCGGAGCAGGAGACAAAGCCAGAGCACUCUUAACCAGCAAGGUAUCCUUCGCUCUUGCAGGAAGCUUUGCAGUGGUUGAAGGGAUUGUGCUUGGCUCAACGAAAACAGUUAUUGGCUUCAUCUUCACCUCUGAUGAGAAGAUUAUUGGUCUCAUCUCACACCUGAUGAAUGCUUACUGUUUCCUUCAGUUCUUUGAUGGUCUUGUGUGUGUGUCCACGGGCAUCUUCUUGGGCACAGGGAAACAGAAGAUUCCAGCUGUGGCUAAUUUCAUUGGAUACUACUGCAUAGGACUUUCCCUCAGUGUUACUUUUAUGUUUGUGGCGAAACUACGAGUCUUGGGAUUUUGGGUGGGACUACUGGUUUGUGUCGUUCUACAGUCUAGCUUCUACAUCAUUGUCAUCUUCAGGCUAAACUGGGAGAAAAUGACAGAGGAGGCUGUGAAACGGGCCCAGAAAACGUCUCACACGACAUUACUGAUCAUAGCUGGCUCGUCGGAAAGUGAUGGUGCUGUUGACCACACCGCAUGCAAACGAAAAUCAGCAGACGGCUACGUGUCCGUGAGCACUGAGAGCCAUGACGGAAAAACCAAGGUGGAGGGUGGACUCGCAGGCCGGCAGCGGAACGGGAACCAUCUCUCUACCGCUCAGCUCAUCGUCAGGCGAGGUCUCACAAUAUUGGCAGCAGCUGCUCUCCUGGCUGUGGGAGCAACCGUACACUUCCUUGUGCCCUUACCAGAGAUUCUCCCUCCAGGGACCAACUAUACAGCGGACCUGAUCAAUGCAACAUCCUCUCCUAAUCAAACUCUUUCCUCUGUGUUGGUCCCAAAUGAACAGCAAAGAUAA